UUCAGAAAAAGAUUUUCAGUCAGAACUGCGUUGUGAUCAACGCAGCUGACAAUUUUUAAGUAUUAGAAUAUCGAUAAUUUCUUAAGUUUAUUUUGUAUCGGUACAGGAUGUUGUGAUAUGUAAUGUUUUUCUGACUAAACUGCAUUAAAAAGAAACGAAGAUGUCUAUGAUAGUAACUUCAGACUCUAAAGCUACCUUGCGGGAUGUUAAGCGAGUCCAGUUUGGUAUAUUGAGUCCAGAUGAAAUCCGUCGGAUGUCAGUUACUGAAGGAGGUGUCAAAUAUCCUGAAAUCUAUGAAGGUGGUCGACCAAAGCUUGGUGGUCUUAUGGAUCCCCGUCAGGGAGUUAUUGACAAGAUGUCUCGCUGCCAGACAUGUGCAGGGAACAUGGCAACAUGUCCUGGACAUUUCGGACACAUAGAACUUGCCAAACCUGUUUUUCAUGUUGGCUUUUUGAAGAAAAGUAUUAAAGUUUUGAGAUGUGUCUGCUUCUACUGUUCAAAACUUCUGGUAUCUCCAAAUAACCCCAAAAUCAAAGAAAUUAUUGGGAAGACUAAAGGUCAGCCAAGGAAAAGAUUAGCACAUGUGUAUGAUCUUUGCAAAGGAAAAAAUAUUUGUGAAGGUGGGGAUGAAAUUGAUGCAAAACUAGGCCAAGAAAACACUAUGCAUGAUGAUGGGACAAAAAAGUCUGGCCAUGGUGGUUGUGGACGUUAUCAGCCUUCUAUUCGUCAGAGUGGUCUGGAUCUGACUGCUGAAUGGAAGCACAUUAAUGAAGAUUCUCAAGAAAGAAAAAUUGCCCUUAGUGCAGAAAGAGUUUGGGAAAUUUUCAAACAUAUAUCAGAUGAAGAAUGCAAUGUACUUGGGAUGGAUCCAAAGUAUGCAAGACCAGAUUGGAUGUUGGUAACUGUGUUACCAGUUCCACCUCUACCUGUUAGACCUGCUGUAGUUAUGUUUGGAUCUGCCAGAAAUCAGGAUGAUCUUACUCAUAAACUUUCAGAUAUUGUCAAGGCUAAUAAUGAGUUAAUUCGUAAUGAACAAAGUGGGGCUGCUGCUCAUAUAAUAGCAGAAAAUAUUAAAAUGCUACAAUUUCAUGUAGCAACAAUGGUGGAUAAUGAAUUGCCUGGAUUACCAAGAGCAAUGCAAAAAAGUGGCAGACCUUUAAAAUCAAUCAAGCAGCGUUUGAAAAGUAAAGAAGGCCGUAUUCGUGGUAAUUUGAUGGGAAAGCGAGUUGAUUUUUCUGCUCGUACUGUCAUUACACCUGAUCCUAAUCUUUGCAUUUGGGAGGUUGGAGUGCCAAGAUCUAUUGCACAAAAUUUGACUUUCCCAGAAAUUGUGACUCCCUUUAACAUAGAUAAAAUGCAUGAAUUAGUCCAACGAGGAAAUAACCAAUAUCCUGGUGCAAAAUAUAUUGUUCGUGAUAGUGGAGAAAGAAUAGACUUGAGAUUUCACCCUAAAGCUAGCGACCUGCAUUUGCAGUGUGGUUAUAGAGUAGAGCGUCAUGUUAGAAAUGGAGACGUGAUUGUCUUCAAUCGACAACCUACCUUGCACAAAAUGUCUAUGAUGGGGCAUCGUAUUAGAGUUUUGCCCUGGUCAACAUUUCGAAUGAAUCUGAGUGUGACAACACCUUACAAUGCUGAUUUUGAUGGAGAUGAAAUGAAUUUGCAUGUUCCACAAUCCCUUGAAACUAGAGCUGAAGUCCAAGAAUUGGCUCUUGUGCCAAGAAACAUUAUAACACCACAAUCAAACAAACCUGUUAUGGGUAUUGUGCAGGAUACUUUGACUGCUGUGCGUAAAAUGACAAAGCGUGAUGUUUUCUUGGAAAAGGAUCAGAUGAUGACUCUUCUAAUGUUUCUUCCAAUUUGGGAUGGUAAAGUACCAAUGCCUGCAAUAUUAAAGCCUAAGCCUUUAUGGACUGGGAAACAAUUGUUUUCUCUCAUUAUUCCUGGAAAUGUCAAUUUAAUCCGUACUCAUAGUACACAUCCAGAUGAAGAAGAUGAUGGACCUUAUAAAUGGAUAUCUCCUGGCGAUACCAAAGUACUUAUUGAACAUGGAGAGCUCAUUAGUGGAAUUGUUUGCAAAAAAACUGUUGGAGCAUCUAGUGGUUCUUUGAUGCAUGUAUUAUUUGUUGAACUGGGUCAUGAAGUUGCUGGUGCAUUUUAUGGACAUAUUCAAACUGUUGUCAAUAACUGGUUGUUACUGGAGGGGCACAGUAUUGGUAUUGGAGACACUAUUGCUGAUCCACAAACUUACAUUGACAUUCAGAAUACAAUCAAAAAGGCUAAAAUGGACGUGAUAGAAGUUAUUGAAAAAGCUCAUAAUGAUGAUUUGGAACCUACUCCUGGUAAUACAUUGAGACAAACUUUUGAAAACCAAGUGAAUCGUAUCCUUAAUGAUGCCAGAGACAAAACUGGUGCUAGUGCCCAGAAAUCUUUAUCUGAAUUUAACAACUUUAAAGCUAUGGUGGUGUCUGGGGCUAAGGGAUCGAAAAUUAAUAUAUCUCAAGUUAUUGCUUGUGUGGGACAACAGAAUGUUGAGGGUAAACGAAUACCUUUUGGAUUUAGGAAACGUACCUUGCCUCAUUUUAUCAAGGAUGAUUAUGGUCCUGAAAGUAGAGGUUUUGUAGAAAAUUCAUACCUUGCUGGCUUGACACCCUCAGAAUUUUUCUUUCAUGCUAUGGGAGGCAGAGAAGGUCUUAUUGAUACUGCUGUCAAAACUGCUGAAACUGGUUACAUUCAGCGUCGUUUGAUAAAAGCUAUGGAAAGUGUAAUGGCAACUUAUGAUGGAACUGUUCGAAACAGUACAGGCCAAGUUAUUCAGUUCCGUUAUGGAGAAGAUGGAUUAGAAGGAACAACUGUUGAAUUUCAAUCUUUGCCUACAUUGAAACCGUCUAACAAGGCAUUUGAAAAACGCUUCAAAUUUGAUGCCACUAAUGAGAGAUACCUUCGUCGCAUCUUUUUAGAAGAUGUUGUGCGAGAAAUUUUAGGUGAUCCUAAGGCUAUUGGUGAAUUUGAAAAAGAAUGGGAAACAUUAAAAGCUGAAAGAGAAGUUUUACGAAGCAUAUUUCCUACAGGAGACAGCAAGGUAGUUUUACCAUGCAAUUUGCAGAGAAUGAUUUGGAAUGCUCAAAAGAUUUUCCAUGUAAAUACUAGAUCAGCAACAGAUUUAAGUCCUUUGCGUGUUAUGCAAGGUGUUGAAGGCCUUGUGAAGAAGUUAAUCAUUGUGCCUGGAGAAGAUAGGUUGAGUAUACAGGCAAAUGACAAUGCUACUAUUUUAUUCAGGGCUCUUCUGCAUUCAACUUUAUGCACUAAAAGAGUUGCUGAAGAAUUCCGUUUGUCCACUGAAGCUUUUGAUUGGCUCCUUGGAGAAAUCGAAACACGUUUUCAACAAGCUCAAGUCCAGCCUGGAGAAAUGGUGGGUGCCUUAGCUGCACAGUCUUUAGGAGAGCCUGCCACUCAGAUGACAUUGAAUACUUUCCAUUAUGCUGGUGUGUCAGCCAAAAAUGUAACACUUGGUGUACCAAGAUUGAAGGAAAUUAUUAACAUAUCCAAGAAACCUAAAACACCUUCCCUUACUGUAUUUCUCACUGGUGCUGCUGCCAGGGAUGCUGAAAAGGCAAAGGAUGUACUUUGUCGUCUGGAACAUACUACACUAAGAAAAGUCACUGCAAAUACUGCUAUUUAUUAUGAUCCAGAUCCUCAGAAUACUGUCAUUGCUGAAGAUCAAGAAUUUGUGAAUGUAUACUAUGAAAUGCCCGAUUUUGAUCCUUCUCGUAUUUCACCCUGGUUGUUACGUAUUGAACUAGACAGAAAAAGAAUGACAGAUAAAAAACUAACUAUGGAACAAAUUGCAGAAAAGAUAAACGCUGGUUUUGGAGAUGAUUUAAACUGUAUUUUCAAUGAUGAUAAUGCAGAAAAGCUUGUUUUGAGAAUAAGAAUUAUGAAUAAUGAUGACAAUAAAUUGCAAGAAGAGGAAGAGCAGGUUGAUAAAAUGGAAGAUGAUGUUUUCCUUCGUUGUAUUGAAGCUAAUAUGUUAAGUGAUAUGACUCUACAAGGCAUUGAAGCUAUAGCUAAAGUAUACAUGCAUUUACCUACAACUGAUAAUAAGAAAAGAAUUGUUAUAACAGAAACCGGUGAAUUCAAAUCAAUUGCAGAGUGGCUUUUAGAAACAGAUGGGACUAGUUUAAUGCGAGUUUUAAGUGAAAAGGAUGUAGAUCCUGUCCGUACAUACUCCAAUGAUAUUUGUGAAAUAUUUGCUGUAAUGGGUAUUGAAGCUGUUCGUAAAGCCAUUGAAAAAGAAAUGAAUCAUGUAAUUUCUUUUGAUGGUUCCUAUGUAAACUAUCGUCAUUUGGCUUUACUUUGUGAUGUUAUGACAGCCAAAGGCCAUUUGAUGGCUAUAACUCGUCAUGGUAUUAAUCGACAAGAUACAGGCGCACUUAUGAGGUGUUCUUUUGAAGAAACUGUUGAUAUUUUGUUAGAUGCUGCAUCCCAUGCUGAAUUGGAUCCAUUGAAAGGUGUAUCUGAAAAUAUAAUUAUGGGACAACUUCCUAGAAUGGGUACUGGAGCAUUUGAUUUACUUUUAGAUGCUGAGAAAUGCAAAUAUGGCAUAGAAAUUCCAUUAGCUGGAGCAAUGGGUGGACCAGGAGUCUUUUUUGGAAGUGCGGCCAGUCCAACAAGUGGUAUGUCACCUCAGAUGACCCCUUGGAAUCAAGGUACUACACCUGCUUAUGCAAAUGCUUGGUCUCCAGGAUUAGGAAGUGGAAUGACACCUGGUGCUGCUGGCUUCUCACCAUCCGCUGCAAGUGAUGCCAGUGGAUAUAGCCCAGGUUACAGUCCAGCUUGGUCACCACAGCCAGGAUCACCAGCUUCUCCUGCAUCACCAUACAUUCCAAGUCCUGUGGGAGCAAUGUCUCCAAGUUAUUCACCAUCAUCUCCAUCAUUUGCUCCAACUUCACCAUCUUUGACUCCUCAGAGUCCCAGUUAUUCACCAACUUCACCAUCUUAUUCUCCUACAAGCCCAAGUUAUUCUCCAACAUCUCCAAAUUAUAGUCCAACCAGUCCAAGUUACUCGCCAUCAAGUCCAAGUUAUUCUCCUACCAGCCCAAGUUACUCUCCAACAAGUCCUAGCUAUUCUCCUACAAGUCCAAGUUACUCUCCUACUAGCCCUAGUUACAGUCCUACAAGUCCAAGUUAUUCACGAACAAGUCCUAGCUACUCGCCUACCAGCCCAAGCUACAGUCCUACUAGUCCAAGUUAUUCACCGACUAGUCCUAGCUACAGUCCAACCAGUCCAAGUUAUUCUCCAAGUUCUCCUAAUUAUACACCAGCAUCACCUUCUUAUUCUCCUACUAGCCCUAGCUAUAGUCCUACAAGCCCUAGUUACUCACCAACCAGUCCAAGCUACAGUCCUACAAGCCCAAGUUAUUCACCGAGUUCUCCAAGUUAUUCUCCACAGAGCCCUAGUUACAGUCCAGGAAGUCCUAAUUAUUCUUUGACGAGUCCAAAAUAUUCUCCAACUUCACCUUCUUACAGUCCUACCAGUCCAAGUUAUUCACCUGGGUCACCACAAUACACGCCUACAUCUCCCAAGUACAGCCCUACAUCUCCAACAUAUUCUCCUACUUCACCAUCUUAUUCUCCUUCAAGUCCCAAGUACUCUCCUUCAAGUCCACAAUAUUCUCCAACUAGCCCAUCAUAUACCCCUACUUCUCCAAAGUAUAGUCCUCCGUCGCCUCAGUAUAGCCCAUCUUCACCAAAAUAUUCUCCAACUUCUCCAUCCUAUUCUCCUACAUCGCCUCAGUACAGCCCUACAAGUCCUACUUAUUCUGUUACGAGUCCUAAAGGUUCCUCCUAUUCUCCAACUAGCCCUGGCUAUUCACCAUCUUCUCCGUCUUAUUCACCAGCAAGUCCUGAUGAUGAUGAAGACAGUGACAAAUAAUGCCAUGUGUGCUGAACUGUCUUAAAUUUGACUUAAACUUGACUCAAAUGAUUUGCAUUAAAAAUGGGUGGGAAGUUCCUUGAUUUUGAGAAUUUAAAGGAAUAUGAAUAAAGGAUUUUUAUUCUAGUGCCAUCUAUUUAAAAUGUUUGUGAAAUGAAUAUUAAGAUGAAUUGGUGGUAUCAAACUUUGUCCCGCUGUCUUAUACGUUUCUAAAUAAAGAAGUUGGAUUUGUAAAUAUAUGAUUCUGCUGGUUCUAUCUUAUCUUUGCCUACCAUGUCAAUUUGGGUUUAUGUUAGAAAAUGUUAAUAAACCAAUUUUUAAUGCAAGAUAUAUAAUAUACAUGGAUAUUUUAAAAUAUUUUAAGAAUAUGCACAUUACUGAGAUGUUUAAUAUCUCGGUAUUAUCAUCAUGCUUAUGAUUUUUUUGUAUUUCAUAAAGAAUUUAAUAGAACACUCGAGUAAAAGUAAAUUUAAUGAGGUAAUGAUUUUAUAAAGACUUUUUGUAUACUUAAACAGUGGUAAAAAAAAUGGCACAACUUUUCCCAUCUAAUCUUGUGUGAAAUAAUUAAUGAUUUUUUUUAAAAAUCGCAAUUAAAUGUGAUAUGAAAAGACAUUUCAAGUUAAAUUGAAAUUAUAUUUAAAAAAAUGUUUCAUUUGUUUGUUUUUUUCUUAAGUAUGUUAUUUUGCAUAUAUUGUACUUUUCAAUACAUCUAUAUUUAUUUUAAUUUGUGAUCCAGUGUUACAUAUAUGAAUAUUCAGUACUGUACUGUAUUGUACUUUUUUUCAGUACAUCUAUUUUUAUUUUAAUUAUGUGAUCCAGUGUUGUGUUUCAUAUAUGAAUAUUCAAUGUUAAUUACGGAUAUUGUGAUUAAUUCAAUAUUAUAUUUAAACAAUGUAAUUUCCAUAUUAUGCGAUGUAAUGUUGUCUUUAAAUAAAGUUAAUCAACUUUG